AGGAGGGCCAGGCUUCGCUCCCCGCCGAAGAAGACCCUUCCCCGCGGGCCGGGCCGGGUCGGGUCGGGUCGGGGCUGGUCAGGUCGGACAGUCCUCGUUCAGGGAGGAGGCCCCGGGCUCAGACACCGCCCGCCCCAGGGCCUGAGGCCUAGGCCUGGGCCUGGGCCUUGACCUGAGCCUUGACCUGAGCCCGGCCGCGCCUGCGUCGUCGGCGGGUUGGCAUUUCAGCUACCAGGUGCUCCUGCAAGAUCAAUAUUCACGUUGCCAACGAGUACAGUAGCUACAGCACCCAGAGAGGUAGAGGAGCAAAACUCAGGAAUGGAAGAAGAUGACAUGGCAAAUGGAGACUUAGGAGAUGGACUUGGUAGGAGGCCUGGUGGCCUUUAUGAAAUGGGCUCCUUGAGUGUUUGUGCAUUUAAAUCAAGAAAAGGAUCAAAUGGGAGAGACUCACGGCCUCCCCAGAUUUCAGGGCUGGCGGAAGAAAAUGAUGAUGCCGUUUUUCGUUCCUCAAAGUGCAGUGACCUGUAUGAAACAUUAUCCCAGAGGCACGGACAAAGCACAGUUGCUGAUUGCAGCCGGAAAAAUAGCUCUGUCCUUGUAGGUUUUAAUUCUGAAUUGUCUAAUGAAGAAUUAAGGCAACGCCUUUGUGAAGUUCUCAUGGAAGUAGAGACUUUAAGAAUUGAACUUGAGGCAUCUCAAAGACAGCUCAAAGGGAAGGAGGAAGCCUUAAAAAUUCUUCAAAACUUGGCAGUAUUUGGCAGAGCCACUAGCCAUACUAAGGAGAUGCUCAGAAAAACUGAGGAACAAAAAAGAUUUUUGGAAAAGGAAAUAAAUGCUUUGCAGUGGGAAAUAGAAUUUGAUCAGGACAGAUUUAAAAAUAUAGAAGAAUCUUGGAUCCAAAAAUAUGACAGAAUAUACUGUGAAAACAUGGUCCUCAAAGAAACCGUGAAAUUGAGAACAGAAGAACUUAAAGCCCUUAAAUCUCAAAAUGCAGCUUUAAAUCAGCAGUGCCUGGAGUUCCUUGCCAUGCUUGAUGAAAAACAACAGAAGAUAGCUCAGGAAAACAUGUGUCUUAAUACAGGUGGCCUUACAGAGGUUACAGGUUUUGAACUGGCCGUCCUUGGAGCCUGCACCUGUACCAGUCAUGGCGGACAACCCUGUUCCUGUGCUAAAAUGGCGGCUGCCACUCGCAAACAGCUUCUUCAUCUCAAACAAGAGAUGGAGUAUGUAAAGAAGAGUAAAGAAGAAGCUUAUAUAAUGGCAGAUGCAUUCAGAAUUGCAUUUGAACAACAACUAAUGAGAAAAAAUGACCAGAUCCUGAGAUUGACACAAUUGGAUAACAUUUGUAAAAAAAGAUCGAAGCAAAUAAACAGGAACCACCAGGAAGAGGAUGGAAUUGGGUUGCAACGGAAUAAGAAGAGCCUAGGACAGAAGCUGAGGGGCAUGCUUAUUUCAGGAUCUGAUUGUAGGAAAAUGGAAGAAUUGGAUAAUCCUCAGGAGAUCCUUAAAGUGCUAAUAGAUAUGCUGAAUGAUAAAGAGGAAGCUCUGGCUCAUCAAAGAAAGGUUAGUUAUAUGCUUGCUCGGGCAGUGGAAGAAAAGGAAGAAAUUGUGAAGCAAAACAAAGACCACAGGCCAUCAGAAGAGGAUUUCACAUCUAUGAAUCACUGGCAUAAAACUUUGAAGUCUCAUGAUUCGCUUAAUCCUGUGUGUUCAUAUUUCCAGACUUGUAGCUCUGGGAGUUGUAUUUGCUCAAUCCAGAAGUCUGAAAUACCUCAGAGUACCUCAAGAACACUUAAAAAAUCACAUUCUUUACCAUCAAGGAUCAUGCAGUGUGAAGAAAAUGCUGGGCAAGAAACAGGUCAGACCCGAAUUAGUUGUCAUGCACCUAAAAUCAAAAAAUCAGAAUCCGUGAGGGCUUCAAUAUAAGUUGUAGACUGCAGAUGUUUUCAAGGCAUUCUUAAUGCAAAAGCAAAAGUUUGAUCAUCUGACUUCCUUGAACAAUUUACUAUAUUUUGUAAAAUAUGAUUGAAACAUUUGUUUUAAAAUGCUUUUUAGUAUAUAUUAAUAUAAACCUUUCAUUUGUACCAAAAGCUAUGUAUCUAAAAUGAUUUAGGGAGAAAAUUGGAUAUGAGUAAUGACUAAAAUAUUCAGAUUAAAGGGUGAAUUGUGAAGGAUAAAAGGGAAUCAUUGAAAAUAUUUUAUCUUAAAGGAUAAUACCCAGUAAAAGAAAGAACAUUUGUUAUGUAUGCUUUAUAGAAUUAGUUUUGUUUUUGUUUGUAUACCGGGCAUAGAAAAUAGAAAUCAGGAAUCUUCAGGCUAGGCUAGGGGUAAGUGAGGCACCGAGGAGUUAAGUGACUUGGCCCAUGUCACGCAGCAGAUAAGUGGUGGGGUCAGGAUUAGAACUCAGGUCCUUCUGACUCCCCAGCUUCCAGAAAUUAAUUUGAAUGCUAAGCAUGUGACCUCUACUGUUAAAGGAGUAUUGUCUUAAAAGGGGUUGGUACACUAGGAUAAGAAAUAGGAACGUCUUAUAUUCAUACCUUUCUUUAACUUGGUACAGCAAAUUUUUAACCUUCCCGUACCUCAGUUUCCAGUCCAUAAAAUAGGGCAAAUGAUAUCUUCUCCCUACAUAACUCAAAGGUAUUACAAGGAUAAAACAAUGGCUGUAAAAUGCUUUAGGCUCUCGGGGAAGAUGCUAUUAAAUUAUAAUCCAAAAGUUACCACUUCUUGAAAUGGUUAAUGUAAAACAUUAACAUUAAAAAAUUUACUGAUGUAUUUUCAGUUCAUACAGUUUUAAUUAAUUUAGAUAAAUAAAAAAACAGUGAAGAUGUUGCAUUUUUAAAA